AUGAUUGCUCCGCCGCGGGUGGAGUGGUCGUACUGGGCCCAGUUUCUCGAGAUCCAGACGUUGCGCCACGGUGGUACAACCUUGGCUUUUGGGAGGGGGACACGGAUAUGCAGGGCCGUUUCCGUGGUUGCGGGUGGGCCGUCGGCGCCACGGCACGGCCUGGACGGCACCAUGGCCCUAGACGCCGCCCUCCACCGUCAGCAGCCUCUGCAGUCUCAGGCCUCGUCAGAAAUGGAUGGAACCCUGCGCAAUGCCGUCAGCAUCCGGGAUCCGCGCAAAUCACCACCAGCUGGCCGAAUUCCCUAG